UAAUCCAUUAUCUUUUUCACCAACUAUACCAAUAAGGCAUAAUAAUUGAAUUUGCAACAAACAAAUUGUCAACUCUAUAUUGUUUGUAGAAAUAUAAAGGUAGCAGCACAACAUUCUAUUAGACAGAUGUUUCUCAUAAAAACAGAACAUAAUAUGGAAAAGAUUAGCAGUUUGAAACACUUAUUUGUGACAGUGUUUCUCUCAAAUUUUGCUUUUAAUGUGGUGACUCCAGCAAUUACUGAUAUCACUAUGGAUGCAAUUUGUCCUUCUCAAGACAAGUGCUCUCUUGCUAUUUAUCUUUCUGGUUUCCAACAAGCUAUUAUGGGAUUGGGAUCAAUGUUGCUGAUGCCCCUAAUUGGAAAUCUAUCUGAUGUAUAUGGAAGGAAAGCUUUGCUCACAAUUCCCGUCACACUCUUGAUUUUUCCUUCAGUAAUAAUGGCGUACAGGAGGACAACAAACUAUUUUUAUGCUUACUAUGUGAUAAGGACCUUGACUGGCAUGAUCAGUGAUACUGGCAUUCAAUGCAUCCCCAUUGCUUAUGCGGCUGAUUGCAUGUCAGAGGAGAAUCGCGCUUCUGCUAUCGCAACUGUGGCGGGUGUAGGCUCUGCUGCAUUUUUAUGCUCUACCUUUGUUGUUCGUUUCCUCUCGACUGCACAAAUAUUUCUGGUGUCAUCAAUUUCUUCAUCAGCCGCGGUAUUAUACAUGACAAUAUUCCUAAAGGACACAACUCGUCACAUUAAUAAGAUCAACUACGAUGCUCUGAAUCAACCCAUAUUAGCCAACGACGAUAAUAAAUCUGAAAGUGACUCCUCAGAGGGAACAACGCCCAGUCCUAUAAAUAUUCCAUCAUUUUACCAUAUUAUUUGCUUGCUCAAGAGUAGUACCACACUUUUAUUGGCAACAUUUAUUUCAUUCUUAUAUGGUCUUGGUGAGGGUGGAAUACAAACCCCCUUUUUGUACUUCUUAAGGGCUCGAUUUCAAUACAACAAAGACAAUUUUUCUAUUCUAAUGCUUAUUUGUUACGGUGGGACUACAUUUUCUCAAUUAAUCUUAUUGCCUAAGUUGGCUCGUAUAGUCAGAGAAGAGACAAUACUUUCCUUGGCACUCAUAGCUGGUUUUAGCAAUAUGCUAAUAGAUAGCAUUGCAUGGGAAGCUUGGGUUCCUUAUGUAGUUGCUUUGUUUCCUAUGUUUCUCUUCCUAGCAAAACCAGCUUUACAAAGCAUUGUUUCAAAACAAGUUGGGCCAAACGAACAGGGAAUUGCUCAAGGGUGCAUUUCUGGCGUAAGCUCCUUUGCAAACAUUCUCUCUCCAUUUAUAUUUAGUCCUUUGACAGAUCUUUUCUUAUCUGAGAGAGCUCCAUUUGAUUACCCUGGUUUUAGUAUGUUUUGCAUCGGCCUUGCUUGGUUGUUAGCAAUUAUACCUAGCAUGAUGAUAAGCUGGUUUGGUACCUCUAAUUCAAGACACAUAAUCAGGGAUGUCCUUUGCUAGGAGGUUUGAAGGAAAAUAAUUCAACAAACUAUAUUAAUUUGUAUAUCUAAAAUCCAUUUUAUACACUCAAUUUCCAAAAUGAUAUAUUUUGUAGGAUUGUUUUUGUGUUCAUAGUAAUUUUAUGAGUGA